AUGACGAGCAACCUCCUUGCUGCCUUGAAGAACCACCAGGGGAAGGGUGUCACCGUCACAACUCACCCGCUUAUCGAGGCUGCCAAGAAUGGCUCGGUGGAUGCUUGUCAGCGAGCUUUGACGGAGCCGAAGGUCAAAGUGGACCAGAAAGACUCGGAAGGCACAUGUGCCUUGAUGUAUGCCGCCGAGGCCGGCCACAUGCACGUCGUCAAAUUCCUAGUGGAGAAGGGUGCACGUGUCUCUGCCAAAGAUGAUACAGGCGAAACCGCCCUGAUGAAGGCUUGCAAAUCUGGGCAUGUCGAUGUGAUCCGCUUCCUCAUCGAUGCGCAGCUGCUCCAACGGAAGAAGAGCAGCAGCAUCAUGGGCUCCGACAGCGCCAAGCUUUUGCAGAUCGAGAAGCAGCGCGUGCUGGACGUCAAAGAUGACGAAGGUGUGACAGCCCUGAUGAAGGCCGCCGAAAGCGAUGAGCUUGAAAUAGCGCGCCAGUUGAUCGAAGAAGGAGCUUCCCUGACCUUAAAAGAUGACCACGGGUGGACGGUGCUUAUGUGGGCAGCACUGGCCGGAAACGUUGACAUUUGUGACAUGCUCGUCAAGAGCUAUGACGCAGCUGCGGACUAUGUGACCGAACGCGGUGAGUCAGCGCUGAUGAAAGCUGCAGCAAACGGGCACUGGGAAGUGUGUGACUUCUUGCUGGAAGAGGGUGCAAAGGUGAACCAGCUGGACUCUGAGCACCAAACUGCCCUUAUGUGGGCAGCAGCCAUGGGGCAUACGGCUGUAGUCCGCGGCCUCAUCAGCAGAGAUGCGAAGGUGGAUCUGCCGAGCAAGGGUGGCAAGACAGCUCUGCUUCUGGCAUGCGCAGUCGGCCGCGAUUCCGUCGUGGCGGACCUUCUGGCUGCCCGGGCUAAGAUCGAGCACCAGGAUGCAGAUGGACAGAACGGCCUUUUUGGUGCCGUUCAGUGUGGCAACAAGGAGCUCGUUUCCUUGUUGAUCCAACACAAGUGCCCUCUCGAAGCGCACACCCAGAGGGGGGAAACACCGCUCAUGUUCGCUGCCAUGAACCAGCAGAUCGACUGUGUGAAGGUUCUAUGCGCAGCCUCAGCUGACGUGAAUGCUGUGGAUGAGAAUGGCCAAAGGGCUAUCGACCACGCCGAGGGCACUCUGAACAGCAAGGUUGUGGAAGUAUUGAGGCAAGCGGCAAAACAAGUGAACAUCCACUGCCCGUCACGUCUCGUCACCGCUUCACCUUUGGGCUGUGCCGCGAAGUCCUGCAGAUCGUUGGCAUCGAAUGGAGGCUCUGACCCCUCACUACGCUCGUGGCAGUUCGUGAGGGAGCCCUCCCUCGCAGGGCGUUCGGCACUGUCCGAGUGGAGUGGGACCAGGUGGGAGGUGCGUAACAUCUACCGUCUGCUCCACCGCAAGCUUUGCCUGGCUCAACAACGCGGGCACUGGGCGUCCUUGCUCGCAGGAGGAUUUGAAGCCUAUGGCCGUGGAGCGCUAAGACCGGUCAUGCCCCAUCCAACUUCUAGUCCAUCGGGGAAGUACGGCAGGACGCAGUCCUUUGGACUCGGCCAAGACUUCUUCUCUGAAGAUGAGGAAGAAGAGGAUGACGAGGUCAUCGAUGUGCAGCCGUUUGUGCGGCCUAGACGUGGCGGUGUUUGUGCCGAGCCAUGGACGAAAGGCUACUACAAGGAGAAGCUGUGGACAAAGCACUCAGCAUGGGAGCGGAUUCUGUUCGACACCAUGAGGGGUGCGACUGUUUUCAAGCAGUUCGGCGACAGAGACAUGGAGCGCUUCAUUCGACCAAUGGAAACUCAUCUGCGGUAUGACGGGGAGCUCUUCGCAGAGGAGGGUGAACGGGCAGACAGCCUUUUCGUUGUGCUCGAGGGAACUCUUGCCUGUUACCAAAGUGGUAUGGCAGAGCCUGUUUUGAAAAAGAAGCAGGGCGAUCUAGUCGACGAGGUGGCUGUCCUGUUCGCGUACCCGCGCAGAUACUCGUUGAAGGCGGAGGGGGAGACGAUCGUGGCAAAGCUUACCCACAGCGAAUAUGUCACCCUCUGCACACGGAUGUCCUUCCGACAGCGCUCUCGGUACAAGCACAUGCUGAAGAGCUCAAAAAUGCUUGAGAUGAUGGAAGAUGAGGCUCUCGAGAAGCUUUGCGAUGCCUUCCACCUUCGCAGGUUUGAUCCUGGUGAAAACAUCGUCACGCAGGGAGAACAAGGCUCCGAGUUCUUCUUGAUUUCGAUGGGGACAGUGCGAGUCUGGGUGAAGAAUGGCGAUGAUGAGCAAGAGUAUGUCAGGCUACACGCGGGGAACCUCUUCGGAGAACGCUCUCUUCUCAAGAACGAGCCGCGCGCAGCAUCUGUGACAUGCGUGACCGAGGUCGAAGUCCUUGUGCUCAGCCGGGGCAAGUUCGAGCGGCUUUUGGGUUCCAUGAACGACCUGCAACAGCAGCAGUAUCUCACAGAUCCUCGAAAACUCAUCGCCGACUUCUACCAGGCUGGCGACAGCCGCGGACCCAGAGGCUCGCUGGACGCGCACAAGCUGGAGGGAACAGUCGGUGAACAAACCUCCUGGUUCGCGGUGUAUAGGCCAACGAGCAAGGACGCCAUUGCAAAGAUGCUGUCCGGCUCGGCAGUCGGGAAGGGCUUGAACGUGAAAGGAAAGUCUGCAAAGAAAGGCGUUCUUUCUGGCUUGGUUCCUUUUGUGCAGAUCAGUGAGAACGAGCACAAACAGGUCAUUGAGGAGUCGCCAGCAGAUUCGCGGGUGGUCGUGUACUACAAGUCUAAGGCUGCCAGAGAGGAAGCACGCAAGGUGCUGCAAGCUGUCCUCGCAGAGACUGUGUCGUCGGUAAAAAUCGAUGACCGGUCUCUCAAAGACGAGGACUCGUAUAAACCUGAUGUGUGGGGCAUCGACAUGCCGGAGCCCCUCAUGCGGGAGGCCUACAUCAUGCAGAGAGACAUCUCUCCGGUUAUGGGCUGGGAAACAGGCCGCAGAUCUGAGCCCGCCUUCAUGGACAUGAAUUUGCAUGCGAUCAGAGGGAAGUCUGAUCCGCAGGUCGUUCUGUACCAGAACGAUGAGAGUGAAGUCAUGAAUCCACGGGGCCUGUUGAUCGCAUACGCCGAAGCAUUUGUCAAGCCGGUCGUGUCAGAUUUUGACACCUUUACGGUUGGCUCCAUGAACAUGGUCUACGAGUCCUUGCCGGCAGAACAGGCAGAGCUGAUCAAGUGGCUCCUAACACACACAGAGGACAUCCUCGGAUCUCUGGACCACCAAUCCUGGAACUCGCGUUGGCUGGAAGUCCUGGCCAAAGAAAACGAGCGAGGAUUCCACCCAGUGAUCCCAAAGUUCGGCUUCGGCGACCCAACAUCGUAUCGCCUAAUUCAAGACGUCAUUGCAGAGACGGCACCCUGUGGCGCUGUGCGCCAUGGUGCUGAGUGCUGCAACCUGUACUUUCCGCAGGAGUUGGACGAUGAGUACCUCAUUGUCUGGCAGGGCUUCGAGGGCAAGCCCUGGGACUACACCACUGAGGCCGGUCUUCGAGACUUCCUCCUGAAGAGGGUCCACGAAGGCUACACCUUUCCUCUGAAUCCGGUCUGGCCUGUAAGGGACAAGGGAUGGUGGGAGAUCCUGGAGGCUAUGCUACAGCAGCCAACUGCAAAGAAAUGCUUGGAGUCAUGGAUCCCUCCGGAAAUCAAAUAUUUCGAAGCGGCAGAAGCGCUGCACAACAAAUUCAAGGAUGGCUUCAUGAUUGUCCAGAAAUAG